AACAUUGCAGCAUCGUGCACAGGGCAGACACGUGGAUACCUUUACGCGCGGCGGUGGUGGUGGUGUAUGGCUUAAGAAGAGGUUGAUGCAAGAGGAAAGAGGGCGGUCAAAGUGUGACGGUAAACAAAGUGCCUUGCUCUUGACAACGGUUUCACUCCCAGCGCCUAUUCGACUGCGCCUCGCACGUGGAAGGUAUUGUUAGUCCAGGGCACAGCUCCCACCACACGCAUGCUUGAAAAGACCUCCGCGCACUUGAUGCCUGCUUUGGUGAUGCCAUGCCCCGCAACCACAGCGGAGACGAAGGCGGCACCGGGCUCUGGAUGAGGACAUCGCCGGGUAACCGUACCGAAGGCUACGGCUUGAAAGAUGUUGAGUCCGGACGAAAGAUGAUGAGCAUCGCGGGAGACGGUUUGCUGUCAACAGGUGCUGCCGGGUCGGAGAGCCUGAGGGGCAAGCAGGGAGCCCGGCUGAGCCUCCUGGGGAAGCCGCUCAUAUACAGCGCGCAGAGCGGCCGGAGAAACGUGCACUACCGGCGGCUCCAAAACUACCUGUACAACGUGCUGGAGAGACCGAGAGCCUGGGCGUUCAUCUACCAUGCUUUUGUGUUCGUCUUGGUCUUCAACUGCCUGGUCCUCUCUGUGUUCUCAACCAUCCCAGCUCAUCAGGACUUCUCCUCCUAUUGUCUCCUCAUUCUGGAGUUUGUGAUGAUUGUAGUGUUUGGGUUGGAGUACAUCGCCCGUGUCUGGUCAUCAGGAUGCUGCUGUCGCUACAGAGGAUGGCAGGGACGAAUCCGCUUCGCCAGGAAGCCUUUCUGUGUCAUAGACAUCAUUGUGCUGAUUGCGUCGGUGGCGGUGGUCUCGGCGGGUAGCCAGGGCAACAUCUUUGCCACCUCGGUGCUGCGGAGCCUGCGUUUCCUGCAGAUCCUUCGCAUGGUGCGAAUGGACCGAAGAGGAGGCACCUGGAAGCUGCUGGGCUCUGUGGUUUACGCACACAGCAAGGAACUGGUGACCGCCUGGUACAUCGGCUUCUUGGUUCUCAUCUUCUCUUCGUUCCUUGUCUACCUUGUGGAGAACAAGUUCAACAAGGAGUUUGCCACCUACGCUGAUGCUCUGUGGUGGGGCACGAUCACCCUGACAACCAUUGGUUAUGGGGACAAAACACCAAAGACGUGGACAGGACGGAUGUUGUCCGCAGGGUUUGCCCUCCUGGGAAUCUCCUUCUUUGCCUUGCCAGCUGGUAUUCUGGGCUCAGGCUUUGCCCUGAAGGUUCAGGAGCAGCACAGACAGAAGCACUUUGAGAAAAGGAGAAACCCAGCCGCCUACCUCAUCCAGUGUGUUUGGCGUAGUUAUGCGGCUGAUGAGAACUCGGUUUCCAUUGCUACCUGGAAGCCUCACUUGAAAGCGUUGCAUACCUGCAGCCCUACAAAGAAGGAGCAGGGAGAGUCAACCACAAGUAAAAUUCUUAGUAAUAAACAGAAGCUACUGAGGAGGCGUACUACUUGGAAACAUAGUCAGAAGUUGAGCUUCAAAGACCGGGUGAGGAUGGCGAGCCCCCGAGGUCAGAGCAUCAAAAACAGGCAGGCGUCUUCAGUGAACGAACGGCGGUCUCCGGUGGCUGAGGCUGGGUCAGAGGCCACAAGCCCUGCCAAGGUACAGAAGAGCUGGAGCUUCAACGACCGCACACGCUUCAGACCCUCACUCCGCCUUAAGAGCCAGUCGCGCUCCACCACUGACGCAGACUCCAACAUGGCAGGGGAGGAUGGCUACGAUGAGAAAGGCUGUCACUGCGAGAUCUCGGUAGAGGACUUGCUGCCCUCCGUAAAGUCUGUCAUUAGAGCUGUCAGGAUAAUGAAGUUCCAUGUUGCCAAGAAGAAGUUUAAGGAGACCCUGCGUCCUUACGAUGUCAAGGAUGUGAUUGAACAGUACUCUGCCGGUCACUUGGACAUGCUGUGUCGCAUCAAGAGCCUGCAGACCAGAGUGGACCAGAUCCUCGGGAGAGGCCAGAUACCUUUGGAUAAGAAGAUUCGAGAAAAGCUGCUGUCUGAUGGAGAUAUUUUAGAGGACAUGAGCAUGUUGGGUCGAGUCUGUAAGGUGGAGCGGCAGGUCCAGUCGAUUGAGUCAAAGCUCGACUCCCUGCUCGACAUCUAUCGUCAGGCUUUGCGCAAAGGAUCGUCUUCAGCCCUCACACUCUCCUCUCUGCCCCUGUUUGAGUUGGAGCAAACCUCUGACUACCACUCCUCUGUCUUCGGCAAGGACCUGUCCAGCUCCACCCAGGCCAGCAGCAGCGGAGCACUCCCCCCUGGUAGCAACUCCCACCUCUCCCAGAGAGGUCUCCAUCUUAUCCUGGCGCCUCCCAACGAGCUAAACCUCAAUCUCAAUGCCUCGUCAUCCGCGGGCCUCGCAUCCUCCUCUUUCAGCCCGUCACCGCUGCCUCAACAUCAUCACCACCAUCGUCAUGCUCAUCAUCUCCACCAUCGUCAUACCCAGGCUCAGGCCACCACACCUGAAAGUGGCACUGAUGAGGCAGUGGGGAGCUCUCCACCCAUCCUCACCCCAAAUAUCGUCAGUGGUCGGGGUGGAGGAGUUGGAGAUGGAGGGUUUCCUCUUCUGGCGAGACUUCCUCCACCACCCCCUCCCAGCCGGAGUGGGGGCCCAAGCAACCUGCCAUGUGCGACCUCCACAGAGGUGUCCCCUUACAUGGAGGACUUUUGUGGAAGUUUAGGAAUGCAGAUGGAGGACAGCAGUUUUGGGAAGGACCUUGGGUUGGGGCCUGGCAGACUGGACCAGAAGCUGCAGAGCACCAGCAGGCUUAAUACUAAGGAAGAAGGCUCCUGGAGGAGACAUAUGAGCCUGGAGCUGCAGCCCCUGGUGUCGCCAGCCCUGGGCUGCUGCUCUGGUCCCAGCCAGAUGGACUGCUUGGGCAAGUCGAUGUCAGUGCAGGACCUGAUGCAGUCAGCCCCAGGGACUGUCCAGGAUGCCCACCACAGUCACAGCCGCUCAUCACCAAGCCCCAGUACAAGCAGCGACUCCCCCAUUGGCUUCCGCAGCUGUAGCCAAGACCCUGGGGGAGGUGGUGGUAUUGGAAGGAGUGGUGGAGGAGGAUGGGGUGAGGAGGACCUCUUUAUCAGCGACAGGGACCUAGAGGCGCAGGGAUUUGACUUCCUGUCACUGGGGACUACUGAGGCCCACACCUACUCAUCGGAGCUCCUGAAGACUGACAGCAGAGUAGGGGCAGGGUCCCAAGGCUCUAACCGUAGCCUGGCCAGCGGUCACACAUCCUCGCCUUCUGCUGGCAACACCGAUUUGCUGGACAUGCCGCACGUGCGGCUAAAAUAAACUUGCCUACUUGUUCAGAAGGCACGCAAAUCUCACCUGACAGAGACUGUUUUUUGUCCUUUUUGGAGGGGGGGAUUAUAACAGUGGGAACUUUUUUGUUUAUUUUCAUGUCGAUCCAUUUGAUAAGAAUCACAGUAUUUUCAUACAGGCGGAUCAUAUGGCAUAUCAUUGCAUGAGUUACUCUUAGUUUUAGAGUGUUAUUUACAAAUCUGAGAUAAAAGAUGAGGACUUGUAUAAUGGGAACACAGGCCCCCAAAACCUGAGAAUUUGCUAUUAGACAAAGCCAACUAAACUUCCUGAAAGACGGUUGGUUAAUAUGUGAACUUGAGACGGAGCAUCAGCAUUGCAUGUUUUUAUUCAAAGAUACUGAGAUUAGCAAGAAACAGUUUAUACUUAAAGUAGGAAGGCAUGGACAUCAAACACUUUCAGAACACAACUCACAUAUUUUGUAAGUAAUGGAAAUAAAUGGGACUUCAUUCCUAAAUGUGACCGUUCAACAUCCAAUUCCUGCCUCUCCAAACACAUGAUAGGCUUCCAUAUUGAAGGUAAUGUUACCUUGUCAUUGCCAAACUUUAGAUUCUCGGUUAUUAUCACUAUUUCUAUAAUAUUCAGUCUAUUUUAGAAUUUUUUUUUAAUCCUCAAAUCGUAUGAAUUACUAUCCUCAACCAAUGACUUUGGUUGCCCACAAUCUUUUCAAAAAUACCACACACACCGACCCAGUGUACAUGCAAAUUUAGCUUGUAUACUACAGCUCUUGUAUUUUUGCUGACAAUUUCUGAAUACGGGCAAUACAGUUUUACAUUUGAAGUAUUCUUUCUACAGUUUCAGGUUGGCAAUAAUGUUUGUACAGUAAAUCAGUGAGACUCCUGAAAUUUGCUCGAGUUGUGUAAUUUGUCACAGUGAACAUCAGGUCAUUUUAGCAGUAAAAGAAUCAUUGUGUGGUUAUGUGGUUUAAAAUACAAAAAACAAAGUCAAUGUUAUAUAAAUUACUUGAAACAAGCCAGUUUGAAAAGUCUGUAAACCUAAUACAUUAGACACAAUACAUCCACCUGUCUGAUGAAGGACAGGUCCUUUCAUUUUUUUCUAGUUAUACUCUGAAUUGUUGGGUAUCUUAUUUUGAAACUCUUG